AUGGCAAAAUCUCCAGAAAGCUUCACGUUCACCAUCCUGCUCGGCGAACGCGCACACCUUAUCGAGUUCCCUUCGAUACUGCUACCUCCAGGUGCAACUGCUGGAUCGAUAGUCAAUAUUGCGGUGCAUAGAAAUGUCGCGGAAGAGAAGCGGAGAGAUCAAGAAUUCUGGGAAUUACAGAAACAGAUCUAUGAGAGGUUUGGUGUUGAAACACCCAAGCCUCCCAAAUUAGAGGUCCGCAAUAUCACACAAACAUCCGUAACACUUGAAUGGCCCGCCCUUGAACUGGCCACCGCAUCGUUACGUUCACUUGACAUAUAUCGUAAUGGGCAACGUCUCGCUGCAAUUCCGCAACCACGCCAUAAUACAUCGACAAAACUCACUGGCCUGGAGCUCAACACAGAUUACACCUUCCAGCUCAUCCUACGGACGACAGCCGGAACCUAUCCCAGCAACGUCGUCCGAGUCCGUACCCAUACUAUGACAGACACAUCGGGAAUCAGUGUUUGCUUCGGUACAGUACAAGACAAGGUACAGUUAGAAAACGCGAAGCAGGCCUUGCGUGAGAUGCGUGCACGAUGGAGCGAUAAGAUCCAAAUUGACACCACGCACUUUGUGUGCACGACUCCUGCGGGUGAAGGAUCUGCAGCAAACAGCGGGCCUAGUGUCGAGUAUCAACGUGCUUUACAAGUUAGUAUACCUGUUGUACAACCUCAAUGGAUCCUUGCAUGCCACGCAGAACGAAAGAUGGUUCCAAUUUCCCAAUUUUAUCUGGGAACUACGCCGAGCUCGCCAUUAUCAUCUGCACCGUUCACGCGACCUCAGUCAAUGUCUCAAGUUUCAUUACAGCGUUCACCGAACCGGGACACGACUAGUCCGCCUGCAGGUGGUGGCACUGGUCCAGGGAACCGUGCAUCGAUGCCUCCUCCGCGACGCCCGACAACACAGGCUGAAGUAUCUGCUUCAUCCUUCGUAAACCAGUCACCUACAAACUCGAAACAGAAUGGUGUACCACCUGUAAUUGAGACGGACGAAAGCGGCGCGGCGGGUAGUAGCCAUAAACCAGGCGAGGAAGAUGAAGACGAAGACUCAUCAGGUCGAAAAUCUCAACGAUCACCAACAUCAGCAGCGGAACGACACGCACGUAACGGUACUAUGGACCGUAACUUUAAGUUCCCGCCUCCCUCCCCGACAUCCCAGGCUGAGGCUGUACCACCUGUCCCACCUUUGCCAAGUGCCGUGUCAAAGUCGUCUUCAGAUAGUGGGUAUGGAGAAGGGGAAGAAGGCGAACGUGGAGAACAUGGGAAGGAGACUGCACAGUUUUCGCCGGUGUCAGCUGCACCUAUGGAGGUGCCUCCUCCUGACCCCGUAGAAAAGGAGAAAGAGCGCGUUGACCUUGGGGAGGCGGAUGAUGAUAUUGGUGCAACGGAAGAGAUUUCGCUUAAUUAG